AUGGCUGAGGACUGUCCACUCUGCUUCCAUGAAGCCAUGGACAAGCCCUGGUUUCAGGAGAGCAUUCUCUACCUCGAACCACCUGGCGACAGCUUGCCAUCCUCGAUGGAGAAGAUGAAAGCACAAGAGAUAGCUAAGGCUGCUGCUGAGAUCCAAAACUUGGAGUCGAUUUGCCAAGAGAAGAGAACAACAAGAUUGAAUAUCGCCAAAUCGAGGAGGAGAACGCCAAAGAAGAAUGUGAGGAGCCACAGAAGCUUGUCCGAGCUCGAGAAUUACGAGCUGAAAGGGUUCAUGGAUCUGGGUUUCACCUUCCCCAGGGAGAAGCUGAGCCCGCAGCUGAUGACCACGGUGCCAGCCCUGCAGAGGCUGGCAGAGGAAGGCGAAGGGAGACGACACAGCAAUGAGGAAUGGGUAAAGAGGCCGCAUCUCUCUGAGGCAUGGCAAAUCAGCAGUCACGGUUCUCCACCGUUCAAUCUACAAAAGCUGAGCAGAUCUCCUCAGGUAGCUGACAUGAAGAAGCACCUCCGGUUCUGGGCAAGAAAGGUGGCUUCCUUAGUCCACCAUGAAUCCUGGAGCUCGAUAACAAAGUAA